CUGGAGGAGGCGGGCGUGAGGGUGGAGCUUGCGACGCUCACGCCGGAGACUCCGGGUCUUUUUCCUCACUCGGAAGGUUGCGGCUCCUGCAGGAAAAGUGUGACUGGGUCUGAGGGGAACCGCACCAAUGGCUUCUGUGCUGUCCUACGAAAACCUGGUCCACGCCGUGGCCGGAGCCGUGGGAAGCGUGACAGCAAUGACAGUGUUUUUUCCCUUGGAUACAGCUCGACUUCGACUUCAAGUUGAUGAGAAAAGAAAGUCCAAAACCACACACAUGGUGCUUCUGGAGAUCAUUAAAGAAGAAGGCCUCCUGGCCCCAUAUCGAGGGUGGUUUCCAGUUAUCUCCAGUCUCUGCUGCUCCAAUUUUGUCUAUUUCUACACUUUUAAUAGCCUAAAAGCCAUCUGGGUCAAAGGUCAACAUUCUACUACUGGAAAAGAUCUAGUAGUUGGAUUUGUUGCAGGAGUGGUGAAUGUGUUGCUGACAACCCCGCUCUGGGUGGUAAACACCAGACUGAAGCUGCAGGGGGCAAAAUUUAGGAACGAAGACAUUGUACCGACCAACUACAGAGGUAUUUUUGAUGCUUUUCACCAGAUCGUCCGAGAUGAAGGACUCUUGUCUUUAUGGAAUGGCACAUUUCCCUCCUUGCUCUUGGUCUUCAAUCCCGCCAUCCAUUUCAUGUUCUAUGAAGGUUUAAAACGGCAGCUUUUAAAGAAACGAAAAAAGCUUUCCUCUUUGGAUGUGUUCAUCAUUGGUGCAGUAGCCAAAGCAGUUGCCACCAUAGUCACCUAUCCCAUGCAGACGGUCCAGUCGAUUCUGAGGUUUGGACGUCACAGACUCAACCCAGAAAACAGAACACUGGGGAGCCUUCGCAACAUUCUCUAUCUUCUUCACCAGAGGAUAAGGCGUUUUGGGAUCAUGGGACUCUACAAAGGCCUUGAAGCCAAACUGCUACAGACAGUCCUCACGGCUGCUCUCAUGUUUCUUGUUUAUGAGAAAUUGACGGCUGCCACCUUCACAGUUAUGGGGCUGAAGAAUGCACACAAGCAUUGAGACACCUCACCCUGCAAAAUAUGGAGAAACCUUUAGGCCACCAGAGGGCAUUGCAGUUGUCUUCCUGUAUCAUCUUUAUUAUAAAUCACUGCUGUCAGAGAUGCCUAGUGAAGUUUGUUCCCAAUGAAAAAAAGAAGCAUUCUUAGACUCGAGCAGUCUGAAUAGGAACUGUGGCUUUAACUUGGCGGACCACUACCUUGAAGCACCCUUUAAUCUAUACAAGCAAAGAAUGGAGUAAGCUGUAUUUUUGCUGAAAUCAUAUUUUUUACUUUUUCCUUUCCUCAAGCCUAUGCUUAUACUUUUAAUUUGUCAUCCAUGAUUUAUAAUCUUCUCUUGCCAGAUAAUAGAGCCAGUAGCUCUCAAUAUCAAUAGAAAUUAAAGUCAGAGAAACAAAGGACCCAGUUCUUGGCCAGUAGCAUCCAUCUCUUUACUGGUCUUUAUUGACACUAAUAAAAACUGGCAAAAUUGACUGAUCCACAGUUGAAUAAUUCUGUUUAUUCUCUGCUAGAAGUGCCAUUAGGCAGGAAAAUGAUUAAAAGGCAGAGCAGGAGGCAGAAGAGGUAGAAGGCAUUUUGACAACGCAUGUAUUUAAAAAUCAAUUCGAAUCCUUACUAAAGUGAUUUUGAUGUAAACAGGUAAAUCUUUCCACAUUGUUUGAAAUAAAUAUUAUAAGUGUUGCGGCUUCUA